AUGGAUGAUGAGGACACGUUCACCUGUCGCAUACAGUAUAUCAACGAUGCGGACCCAUUUGCGACGACGUCUUCAUCAUAUCUGGAGCCAAUGCGACCGGUGACAUUCAAAUUCCGACUGCACGAGGUUAUUGGAGACCAACUACAGGAUGUGAUACGAACGUUAAGGGCGCCUCACAAGGUUGGCGAUUCGUCUCUACAAGUCUAUCGUGGUCUCGAAGGCGGCGGCGGUGAGCUGCACACAUAUCUGGACAACGAGUUGACAUUGGCCGAUCAGCAAGAAGAACUCGAUAUUCUCAAGGCAGACACGUAG